CGAAGUUUUGCACGUGUGGGAACUUACAUCAGACAUCAGUUGAAAACCUAUAAAAAAUUUCCCCAAGUGGAGGAGAUUGCGUACCUUCUUGAUGUCCUGGUUAUUUGGAGUUAACAAGCCUUCCCCACCUGGUGAGGGGCCUCCGUUGAUCCCGGGUUCUCCGCCGGGAGGAGACGAUAAAAGUGGAGGAGAUGAAGGAUCGAAGGAUGAGAACUCAGAGAAUGAAGGCUCCAAAGGUGCCCCUGUUUGGAGAAGCUUCGAUCCGUCGGGUCUUGAAAGGGCUGCUAAAGCUGCAAGGGAACUCGAGAAAUCACAUCACUCGAAAGAGGCUCUUGAGAUGGCAAGAGUUCAGGAAGCAACAAAGCAAUUGGAGCAACAGCGUAAAAUUAAGGAAUAUGAAGCAAGCAUCCAACAGAUACAAAUGGACAAAGUGAGAGUGGAACAGGAGGAAAAGAGGAAAACCCUUGCAGCAGAAACUCAACAACAUCAACAGCGUGCUCAGUACCAAGACCAGCUAGCAAGGAAACGUUACGAUGAUCAACUUUCACAACAGCGUCGUAUGAAUGAAGAAAAUUUGGCUAAACAGGAAGAGUCAGUGAAGAAACAAGAAGCCAUGAAAAGAGGCACAAUUGAAUAUGAAGCCCAGAUAAAACAUGACAAUGAAAUGAAAAGACUGGAAGCAGAGCUCCGUGGCAAAGCUAAAAUAGAACGUGAGAACAAGGACAUUAGAAUGGAACAGAUUAAACUCAAAGCUGCAGAGCAAAGAGAGACUGUUCUGCAAUCAAUCAAGACAGCAGGUAGCAUCCUUGGAGCAGGAUUUGAUGCAUUCAUCUCAGACUGGGAUAAAAUAUCUGCCACAGCUGCAGGCCUCACCCUCCUUGCUCUUGGUGUUUACACAGCUAAAUAUGGCACAGGAGUCACAGCCAGAUUCAUUGAAGCUCGCUUAGGGAAACCAAGUCUUGUUCGUGACACAUCAAGAUUAAGUGUUUUUGGUACUUUGCGACACCCAGUUCAGACUGUUAGGAAAAUGUUUGUAAAUUAUGAAGACUCAUUGCAAGGAAUUAUUUUGAGGCCCAGUCUUGAAAAGAGACUUCAAGAAGUAAGCAAAGCAACAGCGAAUACUAAGAAAAACAAAGGACUGUACAGGAAUCUACUGUUUUAUGGUCCACCAGGGACUGGAAAAACGAUGUUUGCAAAGAGCCUUGCCAAGCAUUCUGGGAUGGAUUAUGGUAUUAUGACUGGUGGAGAUAUUGUUCCUAUGGGAAAGGAAGGAGUGACAGCCAUGCACAAGGCGUUUGACUGGGCCCAGACCUCUAGGAGAGGUCUUCUUCUCUUUGUGGACGAGGCUGAUGCUUUCUUACGCAAACGUAAUCAGGAAAAGAUGAGUGAGGACCUGAGAAGCACAUUGAACGCUUUUCUCUACAGAACUGGUGAAUCUUCACGCAAGUUCAUGUUAGUUCUCGCUAGUAACCAGCCUGACCAGUUUGACUGGGCCAUCAAUGACCGGUUAGACGAGAUGAUUGAGUUUGGUCUGCCAACUCUCGAGGAACGAGUACGUUUAGUCCGGCAGUAUUUCGAGGAACACGUUUUAAAACCGGCCACAACAGGAUCGCGAACAAGUCGUAUGAAAAUUGCGAACUUCGACUUUAGCAAGAAAUGCCAGCAAAUUGCCGAAGUGACAGAAGGUCUCUCUGGAAGAGAAAUAUCAAAAAUAGCGAUUGCUUGGCAGGCUAGUGCUUAUGGUUCGCCAGAUGGUGUCCUCACAGAGGAUAUGAUGGAUGAAAGAGUGGAAGAAGCUGUACGACAACACAAGCAAAAAGUAGAAUGGCAUCAAACGGAGCCAUUAACUGAAACAACUGCGUCAGUGACCACAACAGAGAAAAAUAAAGCGUCCUCUCCGAAAAGAACUUAAAUUUAACUUAUCUUCAUUAAAUGAUUUGGGAAAUCUUUUUAAUAGAG